CUCUUAUCUGUCUAUCUAUAAGACACUGAGAAGAGGUCGCACCUUCACUUUGAAGUAGUCUCUUUUCCAUGGCAUUCUCUGCUGCUGCUCUCUCGCACGCCUCUUUCUCAUGCCUCUCUUCAUUUCCACAAACCUUAAGAAGAAGAAACCAUCUUCGGUUUUCAUCAAUUAGACUCAUAAAAGCUGCUGCUGCUGCUGCUGCUGAACCUGAAAAGGAAAAGGCUACUACUACUACACAGACCAAAAACGCUGAAGGGUCUAGCAAUGCUCAACCUCAAACCCCCGCAGCUCAGCCACGUCCCAAAAAGCCUGUCUAUUCCAUGAAGAAAGGUCAGAUUGUGAGGGUGGACAAAGAGAAGUAUCUCAACAGUGUUAAUUAUCUGUCCGUAGGGCAUCCCCCUUACUACAAAGGCCUGGACUACAUAUAUGAAGACCGCGGUGAGGUCCUGGAUCUACGUAAUUUUGAGACUGGAGAAUAUGCACUUGUUGCAUGGGUUGGCAUCCCAACAGCACCUGCUUGGCUUCCUACAGACAUGCUUAUCAAGUCUGAGAAGCUCGACUACGAGAGACUGUGAACCAGUUUUCAAAAGUGGAAUCCCAAACUUUCAAUGAUGCAUAUUCCAUUGAUUCUCCCUUUCCAUGGUAUAACAUGGUUCUAACUCACCACGAGUUUUAGAUCAUAUCUUAUGAAAGCAAGAAAGGCAGUGUAUAAAUGCAAUAGACUUGUGUCAUUCAUUCAUUACUUCGGUUAAUGUCCACCUGAAAGGAACUACUGUAAAAUAAAAGUUACAAUAUCAUAGAUCAUCCAAACUCAUUCGUUA